AAAAUAUUAGUAAUGUCUUUGUGUCCCAAAUGAAUGAAUUUGAAGUACAUCUUCCAUAAGUUUCCCACAGCAGCAGCAAAUGCACAAGUUCAGUGUAAUAUGCAUAACCGAUGCUCAUACGUCCUCCACUUCGCCACCGCCCGCUUCCGCCUUCGCCUCCGCCACGUCCGCACCUUUAUAAACGCCAGAAUCAAAUGGGUCCGCGACCCCUAUCUCGACGCCGCCGUAGAGAGAGAAAAAAAUCUCAAAUCCCUACACUCUCUCAAAAACCUCAUCCUCUCUCACCCAUCCCAAUCUCUACCGCUCUCCGCCAUCUCCCCUCUAAAACCCCAUCUCGGCCUUCCCACCACCGCCGACAAAUUCAUCGACAACUACCCCUUCAUCUUCAAAAUCUUUCUCCCGCCAAACAGAACCAAUCCCUUCCCCCAUGUCAAAAUCACCCCUAAAGCUCUCUCCGUUCACUACGACGAACUUCUGCACCUCAACAUGUCGCAUUACCGAACCGAUGUCGCGCAGAGAUUAGCGAAGCUCCUGAUGAUCGCGCGAGCUGGAAAGCUUCCGUUGCAUUUGAUCGAUAUCUUCGGUUACGAUUUGGGAUUGCCUCAUGAUUAUUUGCUCACACUGUUGCCUGAAUUCCCGGAUUAUUUCCAGAUCUGUGAUUUAGGGUUUAGGGAUUCGAAUGGGGAAAUUGUUUUUGGAUUGGAGCUGGUUAAUUGGAGAAACGAUUUAGCAAUCUCAGAGAUGGAGAAAAGAGGGGAAAGCGGAAUGCAGAUGAAGUAUUCGAUGAAUUUACCGAGAGGAUUCGAUUUACAGAAAAGAGUGCAAGAAUGGGUGGAAGAAUGGCAGAAUUUACCAUACAUUUCACCAUACGAGAACGCGUUCCAUCUAUCUCCAAACAGCGAUCACGCAGAGAGAUGGACGGUGGGCGUGAUCCACGAGGUGCUGAGCUUGCUGGUGACGAAGAAGACGGAGAGGGAGAACGUGUUCCGAUUGGGGGAAUUUCUAGGGCUGGGGCGGGUGCGGAUGAAGAAGGCGCUGGUGCAUUUCCCGGCGAUCUUCUACGUGUCGAAUAAGAUAAGAACACAGACGGUGGUGUUGAGGGAGGCGUACAGGAAGAAGCUGAUGAUGGAGAAGCAUCCAUUAAUGGCGAUAAGGAACAGGUAUGUGAGUCUCAUGGAAUUGGUUUUGAGAAGGGGAAGGCCGGUUAGAGGGGCAGCUGUUCGUCGCAGAGAGAGAGGGAAAACUUGCUUGAGAGUUGUCACCAAUAGGAAGGAGGACUCGAAUCGAUGGAGGAGAAGCGAUGAUGAUGAUGAUGAUGAUGAUGAUGAUUGAUGAGCAUUUCUUUGUUUGAAAUAUGUGAUGAAAAUGGAUGUGAAUUAGUUCUUGCAUGCAAUCGCAAGUUCGCAACUAUGCUGUUCAACAUCAUCUUUGAGCAUUCCUUAUUUUUUUCAUCUAAAAUUCUGAUAAAGAUUUAUCUGUUUUUUAAUUCAUGAUUUUAUA